GUACUCUAGAUUUUAGAAUGGCUAAACUUGGUUGACCAGUGGAGCCGAAACGGUGACAUCAAUGAACAGCACGUGGGCUCCUGCUGCAGCCCAACACCGUGUCUGACUCGAAUACCUCAGCCCUGCCCUGGCACACAGACUCCGACCGACGGAGAGAACAUCGAAAACCCCCCCAUCUUCUCCUAGGAUUUCGCUUUUGCUUUUCGUUUUUCCCUUCAGAUAAAAGGCAGAGAUCUUUUGGUGGGUAGUAAAGUGUGGGGCAUGUUAUGUAAACACAACAGCAGCAGCUUGUCUUCGAAGAAUCACCUUACGUAAUCAUCAUCUCCAUUUCUUCAUGCACACUUAGCGCUCCACCGACUAUAAACAACAACGAAAAAGAAAAAGUGAAAACCAAGUGUUUCCAGGAAAAAAGGGUUGUGAGAACAAAACCCACAAGUUUCAAGAUUUGUUUUGCGCUGUAAGAACAAAACAAGAACCACCACUCUGUUGCUACAGUCCUUAUCUUCACAUUGUCUUGUUUGCAUCCUAUGUCCCGUCCGCCUCUGGGUUUCUUUUUUGUCUGGGAUUUCUCGACAGAAUUUCGGGUACUGGGAGCUUCUGUUCUAUGAGUUGUGAAUUUGAAGUAUGGAGAAAGAGAAAGAGAAAGAGAAAACAAAUGUUUAUUCACCUGAUACUGUUCUGGAGGACUUCUUAAGAACAGCAGAAUCUGAAACGGAUUCAUCAAAAGCAAGUACUUCGGAAUCGGAAGCAGUCGAUCCCAAACCGGCUUCAAGAUGGGCUGUAUUUUUCCAGUUGUUGAGAUUUAAAUCAAAAAGAAAGUUAGCCACAUUACAUCCUCUAAAUGCCCUUAGUUUAUCAAAAAGGUUUAGUGGUAGCAUGAGGGAGGAAGUUUGCAGCGUGUCGAAUCCCCUAAUAGAUGCUGAUCUGAACUAUUUUAAGCCUCAAUGGAAGAACUUUAGCUUCUCUGAACUCCAAACUGCGACCAGCAACUUUUGCCAAGGAUAUUUGAUUGGAAAAGGUGGUUAUGCUGAGGUGUAUAGAGGCCGUCUACGUGGGGGGCAGCUUGUUGCGAUCAAACGUUUGAUGAAAGGACCCAUGGAAGAAAGGAUAGGGGAUUUUCUGUCGGAACUUGGGAUAAUGGCGCAUGUUAAUCAUCCCAAUACGGCUAAAGUGAUAGGCUAUGGUGUUGAAGGUGGAAUGUACCUUGUCCUUGAAUUUUCUCCCAUUGGAAGCUUGGCCUCUAUGCUUCACAGUUCCAGGGAUAAGGUGGAGUGGGAUAUUAGGUACAAGGUUGCAGUGGGAACAGCUAAGGGAUUGCUGUAUCUUCAUGAGGGUUGUCAAAGGAGGAUCAUUCACCGAGAUAUUAAGGCUGCAAAUAUAUUGCUUACGGAGGACUUUGAACCUCAGAUAUGUGAUUUUGGCCUUGCGAAAUGGCUGCCAGAUCUCUGGACUCACCUUACUGUUUCAAAAUUUGAAGGCACUUUUGGUUAUCUAGCACCCGAGUUCUUGAUGCAUGGAAUAGUUGAUGAGAAAACUGAUGUUUUUGCCUUUGGAGUCCUCCUGUUGGAACUUAUUACUGGGAGACGAGCCCUUGAUUACUCGCAGCAAAGCCUUGUUAUGUGGGCUAAACCCCUGCUGAAGAAGAACAAGAUUAGCGAGCUUAUAGACCCCUCGCUCGCUGAAGCCUACAACCCCAUGCAAAUGAAUCUCAUGAUUUUGGCAGCUUCCCUUUGCGUGCAACAAUCUUCAAUCAAGCGCCCUCGAAUGAGUCAGGUGUUGCUGCUUCUAAGAGGGAGCUGUGGGAGCUCAGACAUUAUAAAAAAAUGUAAAAAACUAUCAAGUUGGAAGAAGUAUUAUAAGGAGCUUUUCAGUGCUGAAAAGUACAGCUUCGGCCGAGGCGUAGGCGUAGGCGGUUUAACUCUGCAGACGCAGAUGGCCAUUGAAGCUUAAAUGGCACACUAUUUUGGUUAGUAUUAGCAUAUCUAUAGAUGUAGAGAAGUAGGCAUUUGCUCAGAGACCAAAAUUCAUCAUAGGACUAGACACUGUUAUGUAAAAUACAAGGUGGUUCCGAUAUUACAUGUAAAUUAUAUUUGCA